AUGAAUGGUGUUCGGAGCGAUGUCUUUGGGCCCGCGUCUCUUGCUGUCCAUGGAUCCAUUGGAGCCUACAUUGCCAUCAAUUAUCCAAGCACAUAUCCUUCCCAGAGCGGCCCGAUGCGGAUUGGAGAGAACCAUGAUAUACUCGUCUUUGCGGACUAUCGCCGUCCCCAAAUGGCUAUAUCUUGUACGCUUAACCUCGAUAUAUACCAACGGGGUGCGGCCAUGUUUGGGCUUCACAGCAAAGUAUUCCAGAGACGCGGCGACUUGACUUCCCGAUUAACCAACUCUGUAGGCGCUGGUCAUCGGUUAAUGGUAGAGUAUUUUCUUAGCUUAGAUGCUUCGCCUAACCAGGACAAUCAGAGUCUGUUGAGGGCUGUCAGAAGUGGCGAAUCCGACCUUAUAUGCCUACUUCUCCACCAUGCUGUAGACCCUAAACGGUCCUCGCCUGUUGAGGCCGCCCUCAUGGUUGCUGUUGAACCGCGUAGCCUGUAA